AAUUAAUUUAUUUAAAAUUAAUUCUGUUUAUCAAAUGAAUAUCAACUCCCCCUCUUUGUGCGAUCUUGAGUAUCAAGCAUCUAUAUUGUACUCCUAAGUUGUCUCCCUUUGACCAAUUACAGCAAAAACUUACGAACGACAACUCCUGCCGUUCAGUAUUCUAAUAUUGGAAAUCUUUAGUUUUGGAGGUCACAAUUUUUAACCACGCCAUUUGGGAUAGCUGAUGUCAACACGUUUCUUAUCAAAAUUUGCCAACAUUUGAAAAGAGAUCCGUUUUCUCAAGUUGAAGGAUCCGCCAUCCGUUUGUUUAUCUAUUUAACAAACAAUCUAUCGUUAUUGUAUACGGUUUGGGUUUGUAUCCAGUCGGAUGUUAUUGGAUUAUUAUACUUUGCGAGGGGCCCGCAUGGCGCCUUUGGUCUCGCAGUGGGCACAAUUUUCGUUGCGAGAUAAGUUACGAUACUGUAUACAUAUAUACUAAAGUGUUUGCAUUAAAUCUGGUCACGCAGCAUGAGGGGGAAGGGAAAACGUCCAGCUCGAUUAUCUACCAGUCCCUAUGCCAGGUCUAGAACGGCACAACCUCAGUCUGAGACGAGGGGGCGUGGGCCCAGGUCAGAUGCUGAGACCCAGGGGUCCAGUCACCAGCCAUUGAGUGAUGAUCAAUUAAAUGAGGUUGCGGAAUUGGUGUCAUCAAAGGUUGCACCUCAACUAAUUGAAGCGGUGCAGCAGGCGGUGGACCGACCGGUCCCUAACACUGAAGGUAAUGCAUGCCCUGACCCUCAGUCGUUACAAGAUGGGUUUAACCCUAUGCUCCACCAAAUAAAUAGUGUACAUGACGACUUAGGGGCUAAUGUUACAAGUGCUCUGCGUCUAAAGAUAAUAAACAAUGAAUUUGUAGAUUUAGGGCAGUUAUUAUCUAAGCCUACACCCAUCAGUGAGGAGAAACAUUUCUCCAUUAUUAAUGGGGAAUUAGUCGCUAAAGAGAAGAGAAAAAUUGUUCGUAUCAAUGACAUCGACCAAUGGACCGAUGCUUUUAUAAUUUUCAUGUCUAUUUACACCUCUGAGCACCCGGAGGAUAUCUCCGGCUUGCUCAAGUACAUGCACUCUGUAAGGACAGGUGCCAAAAGGGUAACUGGGUUGUCAUGGAAGGCUUACGAUGAGCAAUUUAGGCUCAGGAAGGCCCAGAUUUAUACCAAACCAUGGAAUCAGAUCGAUCAAGAGUUAUGGUUGAUAUACAUGUAUGAUUCUGCAACAGUAAAUAAAGUUCAAAAACAAGCCCAAGUCAAUCUUAAAAAGUGUUAUGAUUUUAAUAAUGGCUAUUGUAACAGGAGUCCUUGUUUCUUCAAACACCUUUGCUUAACUUGCAAUGGCAAUCACAAAAAAAUCAAUUGUAUGAAAUCAGCCCAAUCUCAGUCUGCAUUUAAUUCUUCCUUUAGGUCAGGCAGUACUCAACCCCAAGGCAGUAAGCAAUCUCAAACAAAAGGAAAUUUCCAGUCUGUCAACCCCAGGGCACACACCAAUUGAUUAUGCUAUUUUGAAUAUAUUGUUACAAGAUCACCCUAACAGGGCCUUAGUCGAAGAAUUAGUGUCAGGUUUUAAGUCAGGUUUUUCUUUACAGUAUAAUGGACCUAGAGUCCACAUAUCAUGUAAAAAUUUGAAAUCCAUUACUGGUAACGAGGAGGCAGCAUUGCAGAAAAUCAAAAAAGAAAUCUCUUUAGGCAGAAUCGCAGGCCCCUUUGAUAGUCUACCUGUGCCAAAUCUGAGGAUUUCACCCAUAGGUUUAGUGCCAAAAAAAGAUGGGUCUUGGAGACUAAUUCAACACCUUUCCUACCCAAAGAAUCAAAGUGUUAAUAGUUUUAUCAAUGAAGAAUUAUGUAAAGUUUGUUACUCAAGUUUUGAUAACGUCAUUGCUAUUGUUCAAAAGCUCGGGCCCAACACACUAAUGGGUAAGAUGGAUAUAAAGUCUGCAUUCAGGCUCUUGCCGGUCAUUCCGUCCGAUUACAAUUUACUGGGUUUCCAACUUGGGGAACAAUAUUACGUGGACAAGUGCUUACCAAUGGGUUGCUCAAUUUCAUGUGCCCUUUUUGAAAAAAUUUCUUCAGUUUUAGAAUGGCUAGUUAGGGAGAGGAAGUCAGCUGGGGGGCUGGAUCAUAAGGCUGACCUUGACCAUUAUCUAGAUGAUUUUUUCUUUGCAGGCAGGGCUGAUUCCUCUGCCUGCCUUGAGCUUAUGCAUAACUUCACUCAUGUUUGUUCGGAAAUUGGGGUUCCCAUAGCAGAAGAAAAAACUGUAUUACCAACACCAGUUUUGAUUUUCCUAGGUUUAGAGAUAGACACCAAUAAAAUGGAGAUUCGUAUUCCACAGGAUAAGUUGGCUUCGUUAAGGGAGUUGUUGCAGGAGGUCAUGGGACUAAAAAAAGUCACUUUAGAUAAGCUUCAGUCCUUGGCCGGACUCUUGAAUUUUUGUGUUAGAGCCAUACCGCCAGGGCGCGCCUUCAUACGGCGUUUUUACACAGCCAUGUCUGGCGUACAAAGGAGCUACCAUUUUGUGAGAGUCACUAAUGGAAUGAAAGAGGAUAUUAAAACCUGGUUGAUAUUUCUGGAUCUAUUUAAUGGCUACUGUAGCUUUCCAGACAAAUUCUGGUCUACCUCUCAUCAGUUACAGUUGUAUACAGACAGUGCAGGCGGAGAUGGGUCUAAAGGUGGGGGUGCAUAUUUUCAGGAUCAAUGGGUUUUUAUUUCGUGGCCAAAAAAAUGGGUAUCAUCAGAAGUCAUUCGGGACAUAACCUUUUUGGAGCUCGUGCCAAUUGUCUUGGCUCUAUUCAUUUGGGGUCCUGAUUUAAAAAACAAAAAAAUUAUGCUCAAUACAGACAAUAAAGGACUUGUUGCUAUUAUCAACAAGAAAACUUCUAAAUCCUGUAGAUUAAUGUCAUUGUUACGGCCUUUCAUAUUAAAAUGUAUGUUUUUCAACAUCCAGUGUAAGGCGGUUCAUAUUGAGGGCGCAUCUAAUGAUAUUGCUGAUGCUAUCUCUCGACAGCAGUGGUCAAGGUUUCGUAUGCUGGCUCCUCGGGCGUCUCUGGUACCAGCAGAAAUCCCUCAGGAAUUUCAGCAGUUAAUCUCCAGGCUGAAGUAGACAGGCUACUGAAUGCGUCCUUAGCAAAAAGUACCCAGCAGGUUUAUUCAUCGGGCUUACAGCGUUUCGAACAUUUUCGUACUUGUCACAACAUUAGCAGAGUGUGGCCCCCCACGCUACAAAGUAUAGUAGAAUUUGUAGCCCACCUGUCAGCCCAAGGCGUUGCACCAUCGACAGUUAAAUCCUAUCUCUCAGGGGUUAGUUUUAAGUGUAAAAUGGAUGGUCAUAUAGAUGUUACACAGUUCUUUUUAAUAAAAAAAAUGUUGAACGGAAUGUCUAGGUUAACGGAGAGGGUGGACAGUCGUCUUCCCAUUACCCCUGACUUACUAUUCAAGAUAGUUCGUAUACUCCCAGUAGUUUGUCACACUUCCUAUGAAGCAGUUCUUUUUUCUGCUAUUUUUACAUUAGCAUUUUAUGCCUUUUUGCGGGUAGGUGAGCUAGUCGUCACCAAGCAAGGGGUUGCUGGUCAUGCUCUGUUAGCACAUAAUGUUGAAGUUUGUGAUAGGGAGAAAACUUUGAAAAUUAAAUUACCUCAUUCAAAAACUGACCAGGAGGGAAAGGGGGUUGUCCUUAUAGUGCAAAGGAAUGGGUCUGGUAUCUGUCCCUUUCAUUUUAUAAAGCUUUUCCUGGCACUCCGAAGCCAGGUUCCUGGGGUAUUUUUCUGUCAUAUUGGUAAUAACCCUGUCACUAGGUACCAAUUUUCUGCAGUGUUAAGUAAAUCAUUGAGGGCCAUCGGAGUAAGCACAAACCGUUACAAGUCUCAUUCUUUCAGGGUUGGGGCAGCAACCUUAGCUUCCAUGAAGGGCUUUACUGAGGAAAAAAUUAAAGAGUUAGGUCGAUGGGAAUCAAGAGCCUUCAAGACUUAUAUUAGAAUUCCAACAGAUAAACUCAUUUAGUUUCGCGACCCAAGGCUUAUUUUAAGCUUAAGUUGUAGGUUUCCAAUCAACAAUCUGGAUAGUGGGUUCCUCGAUCAUACGGCGGGCCUUUUGCCGUGCUAGGGAAUCCUGCGACACAUCACAGCUAGACUUGGACAGAUACAGAGCAAGCAUUCUAUGGCACGCCAGGGGUGGGCUGAGGUGGAGGAACCUCUUGAGUCACAUUAAGCUUUUGCUUCCCAUCGAUGAUCCUCCAGACAUACUUGUAAUUCACUGCGGAGGGAAUGAUGUUGCCCAAUCCAAUUCAGGGUUUUUGAGACAACAGAUCCUUCAGGAUCUAAAACAAAUAGCAAUUUUGCUACCUCAAACCAGAUUAGUGUGGUCCGCCAUCCUCCCACGUCUCAAGUGGAGGGGGGAAGUAAACCAUUCAUCAGUGAGGCGAAUUCCUGUUAGAAUAAAUAGUCAGGUUGCUUCAUAUAUUGUUGGGAAUGGGGGUGGUUAUAUUAGGUAUCCGGAAAUCACAGAUAAAAAUCCGGCUCUUUUUUGUGAUGAUGUCCAUUUAAGUCCCCUAGGAAACGAUUUGUUCUUGUAUCGUUUACAACAGGGCCUGCAAAAGUUUUUAUCCACACCUGCUAAGGUAUCACCACCGUUUGGGGAGUUUGGGCCUUGGCAGCAUAUUUAAUUCUAUUUUCAGUACCUAACCGUUAUGCCUCAUGUCAACAUUUAUGAUCUUGCUCCUGCUACAUAAACUUUACUUGCUUCAUACAAUUGUAGUAGGUAAUUGGCCAACAUUCUCACAAUUUGAUAUUCCUUUUGCUUUUUGCAAAAUCUUAACAAUGAUUGCUUGGUGUCAUUUUUCCAACUCAUUUUGAUAUUUUAAAGUGUUCUCCAAUUUUGGCAAAAUUUUGUAUAUUUAAAAUCAAUUUUCUCUAUAACAAAAUUAAGUUGACCAAAUUUUAUUUGCAUUUGCUGGUAUUUGGAGGUCGCCAUAUUUCGCCCAUAUUUUGUUUGGGUCGGUGAACCUCAAUUUUGCUUUUGUCGCAAAAUCUUGGACACAUUUUGUUUGGUGUCAAUUUCCAGCUCAAUUUGAUAUUUAAAGCGUUCUCCAAUUUUGGCAAAACUUUUGUAUAUUUCAUUUUUCACGAUUACAAAAUUAAGUUGACCAGAUUUAUUUGAAUUUGCUGGUAUUUGGAGGUCACCAUAUUUCGCCCAUAUUUUGUUUGGGUCGGUGAGACUAAAUUUUGUUUUUGUCGCAAAAUCUUUGGGACAUUUUGCUCGGUGUCAUCUUUCCAGCUAAUUUUUGUUAUAUUUAAAAUCGUUGUCCAAUUUUGUAUAUUUUCAUUUUUCACUAUAACAGAAAUUUAAUUUGAAUUUGGGAAGGAUUUCUAGUUACCUAUCAUUUUCUGUUGUGGCGGUGACAACAUUGGUCUGCUCAUCGUUUCACCAUGUUGUCAUUUGGCAGAAUUUCCAUUUUCCACAACAGAACAUGCGGAUCGAUAUCAAUUCUAUAAUAACAGUUACUCUUUGGUGGAAUUUUCUGGUCCCAGUUUCCAUCAAAUAUUUUUUCAUUUUCAUGUGAGGUUGAAGCCUUGGCCUUCAUAUGCCAACCAACUUAGUAAUAAAUUCUGGUAAAUGUAAAUUUA